UCGGCAUCAGUUGAUCACACAGCUCCACAGCACACUCAACAUGAAGUUCUUCGUGGUUGCCGCCCUGCUGGCCGUUGCCGCCGCCGACAACGCGCCCUACACCACUCCGGCGCCCACCUACGCCCCGACCUACAGGCCGACCUACGCGCCCAGGCCCGCCUACCACCCCCAGCCGGCCUACAAGCCCGCUCCCUACCACCAGGAGAGCUACGACCAGCCGCCCAAGUACGACUACAGCUACGACGUCCACGGAUACGGAGACUACGAGCCCGUCUUCAACGCCCAGGAGGCCCGUGACGGCUACGCCACCCAGGGAUCUUACUCGGUUGUGCUGCCCGACGGCCGUACCCAGACGGUCACCUACCGUGUGGAUGACGCCUACUCUGGCAACAUUGCUGAGGUCACCUACGAGGGUGAGGCCCGCUACGACGAGUACAAGCCCAGCUACAAGCCCAGCUACCCUCAGCCCAGCUACAAGCCCACCUACAAGCCCGCCUACGGCAACUAAAUAGAUCGUACCCAGUAUUUUCGUAUAAAUAGGACAUUUGGAAAGUUAUUUAUUUAUUUACUUGAUGCUAUCGUCAUGACAUGUGCCAUCAUCGGCAUGUUAUUCAUCUAUGCAAAUAUAUGAUGUUUUACAACAAA